GAACUAAUUUACGGAUGUAAAUUAGACUACUGGAAUGAACGGAAGCGCGUAUGGGAGGAGCGGCUAGAAGAGUGGAAGCUUAAAGUACGAACGCCGGUUGAUUCAUCAAAAUGUUCUUCAACUGACGAGGAUAUUAUGCCCAUUGGGAAAUCUAAAAUUGAAGAUACCACUCCAGAUCAUGAAGCAUCUAUUCAUGUCUGGGAGCCACGAGAUAGUUCUGGAACGGGAAUUAGUAAAAUUACGGUCCGUUUUUUAACUACGGAUGACAGCAUUCAGUUUUCUUCAAACCGUAGGCGCGUUAUCGUGAGGACAAAAAAAUCUGGACAAACUAAUUAUGACAUAAUUGAAACAAGUAAUUUAACAGAUCAGCCAGCCAGACCCCAAUUAUCCGUAAAAGAAAAAAUAUUUGAAAAUCACCCGACAACUUCUACAUCUGCAGUGUCCUCUUCGCCGGUCGUUGAUUCAGAGGCCAGAAAACGACGUCGUCAACGCGCGUCAACUCUCAAUAAUGAUUAA